GAGAGUACCUGCGAGACCAAGCUCGAUCGUCUUUUCUCCCAACUCACCUCCGACGAGGUUUUCAAUUAUGGGUUCUAUAAUAUUGCAAUCGGCCAGAGCUCCGACCAGGUCAACACAAUCGGACUCUGCAGGGCAAACAAAAGGGAGGACGCUUGCAGCAAUUGCCUCAACGACAUGGUCUCCGAGCUCCAGCAGCGCUGUCCCAACUACAAAGAAGCAAUCGGGUGGUCGGAAUUCUGCACUUUACACUACUCAAGCCAAGAAAUUUUUGGGGUCAUGGAAACCAAUCCCUUUCGUCCACUAUCUAGUAGAGGUAAUGCAUCAGAUGUCACUGCUUUUCGGCCGGGCCUUGAGUUCCUUGCUGAAGAAUUUAAGCAGCUGUGCGGCCGCUGGAGGCCCUCUUCGCAAGUAUGCGGCAGACAACACGACGGUCCUGAUGUCCUUGGGAAUAAUAUGCACUAGUGCAAUGCACGCCGGAUUUGUCCCAACAGGACUGUAGCGAUUGUCUGCCUACGGCCAUUUCAAGGGUUGGAAGUUUCUGUAAUGGGAUGACCGGAUGCAGGAUUCUGCAACCAAGUUGUAACUUGAGAUAUGAGAUUGUCCCAUUUUUUGGGGCCUGUAGAUGACAUUCCUCAGCCGUCUUCACCUCCAACGUAAGCUGCAGAUGAACUAAUUAAGGUUGAAUCCUUGC